UAUUCCUUUGAUUUUAUUAGUUUUUAAAUCUGUAAGGAAAGAAAAAACCCCGAUCUCCGUUAACUAAAACCCUAAAAUCCUGAAGAUCCGGCGAUCCGUUAGCUAAAACCCUAAAUCUCGUGAAGAUCCGGCGAAUCAGCGGAAUAUGAAGAGACAGAGAGAGGAGGAUUCGGCGGAGGAAAGGGAGAGGAGGAGAGAGUUAUUCGAGAAAUUGAGAAAUUUGACUGACAGGAAGAGGCAAGAAGCUGAGAGGAGGAGGAGAAGAGGAAAAAGAAAAGUGAAGUGUUGGUGGGAUUACGAAAAUACCCGACUCCCACGAAAAUUUGACGUAUCCCGUAUCAAGCCUACCUUACCUUAGAAGCAAUUUUGAGUAGGCACCGUUAUAGUGGGGGGGAGUUGUGGAUGAAGAUGGUCGUUUCCGAUUCCACAGACAGUGACAAAAUUGGGUGGAGAACUUAUCAGAACCUCCAAAGAGAACCGGGAAUUGUUGUUCACGAUUGCAAAAUAGCCAACACUCGUCAAAUAUCAGACGAUCGCGUCAGGAAGGAAAUUCGAGAGUGGCUUAAAGAGAGUGAAGGAGACGAACUCCUCGUGUUAAUUGCUGGAGACCAGGGUUAUUUGCGUGUUCUUGAAGAGGUUCGAGCGUCGGGGAAAAAUAUUCACAUCUUCCUCAUUUGUCCGAAGAACGUGACUCAUUCAGUUAUCGAAAAUUUUGAGGCAGAGGGAAGGGAAACCUGGGAAGAUUUUUUGUCAGAGGCUCAAGGGGGAACUAGCGGCGACGACGACGAAUCUGGGGACGGGGACGGAAGUGGAGAUGGCCGAGGUGGAGGUCCGGGAUCUAAAAAAGGCGGAGGAACCGAUCCGAAGAAGCCUUCGACUAUGUUUUGUAACAGGACUCUGAAGAACAUCUUGGGACCAUUCAAGAAACCACGGCAAAAAUUAGGCUACUCUGGUCCUAUCACCAUCACUGGCGCACUAUCAAAGUUCCCUCAUGACAUCCUCCUUGAAGCCCUCUCUUCCUACAGUCCUAGAGACACUGUUAAGCUAUCCCGUGACUGGUUUGAUGAUACACAUCUUCUGGCAGAUUCAGGGAAACGGCCUUGAGGAAACGGCCUAUGUUGGACUUAGAGGAGCCACUCUGAAGAUGAGCUAAAUGUCUUUCAACUUCAGGCUUAUUGUGGAACUUAUCUUCUGUUUAAGAAGUAUCUUGAAAAACCCCUAUUUUUGUUGUCUUUUCAACUUUAUUCUUGUUGUGGAACUUAUGUUCUCUGUUUAAGAAGUAUCUUGAAAAACCCUAUAUCUGGUUGUGUGUUUUAAGAAGUUUGAUCGCCACCAAUUGGGCA